AUGGGAACAUAUGUUCCUAAAUCUGGUAGGGGAAACACAAGGGAUCCUAGGAAUGGGAAGGGUAAGGGUAGUGAUGUGAUAUCUGAUGUUGAGGAUGAUGAGGAAAGUGAAGAUGUUGAUUUUGAGGAAACUGGCAGUGAUGGGAGUGAUGAAGACAGUGAGGAUGAAACAGACAUUGGUGACUUCAUUGUUGAAGAGGAGGGGUUGGAGGAUUUGAUGGAUGAAAUCCAUGAGAAGUCAUUUGAGGAUUGUUUAGAUGGGAGCUCAAAAAUGGACAAAAAUUACAAGAAUGGGAAAGUGUAUGUUGAGCAGGAAUAUGGUUCAAUUAAGCUUGAGCCUUGGUUGAUAUUUACAGAUAGGGAGGCUUUUCUUGAUGUUCUUAAGGACUAUUGUAUACAGGAGGGGUUUGAGUUAAGUGUCGAGAAGGCAGACAGUAGAAGAUACACUGCUGUUUGUGCAAUUGAGGGGUGUGAUUGGAGGAUUCAUGCUUCAAAGAUGGUUGAUAAGAUGAGUUGGGCUAUAAAAUCACUGACUGGGGAGCAUAAACAGUGUGGUAGACUAGAGGUGAACCCCAUAGUGACCACCAAAUGGUUAGUGAAGAAGUUAUUGCCAGAGAUUGAAGCAAACCUAGAUGUUCCUGUAGAAACAUUGCAGAAUGUGACUCAAAAAAUGUUUAGGAUACAAGUUAACAAGAGGCUAUUCUACAAGGUUAAGGUAGUGGCUAAGGAGAUUAUCCAUGGGAGUUUUAGUGAGUCAUAUGCCCUUCUACCUAGGUAUGCAGAGAUGAUCAAAGAGACUAAUCCUGGUAGUUAUGCAUUGAUCACAUGGCAUAAUGAUGGUGGGAAUGUGGACCCAAGGUUUAAGGCUUGCUUCUUCUCAUUUGGUGCACAAGUAAGGGGGUUCCUGAAGGGGUGUAGGCCCAUUAUUGGAAUUGAUGGAGCUCACCUUAGUGGGUAUUUCAAGGGGAUUCUGCUUUCAGCCUUGGGGAUUGAUGGAAACAAUGAGAUAUUCCUGCUUGCUUAUGGGGUUGUUGACACUGAAAGCCAAGAGAGCUGGACCUAUUUCAUGAGGAACCUCAGGGCACUGUUUCAGAGAGAAGGCUGCAACAAGGAUGACUGUACAUUCAUCAGUGACAGAAUGAGGGGGGUGGAUUUAGCUGUACAUGAGAACUUCCCUAAGGCCACUAGAAGGUGUUGCAGUCAGCACUUGUACAUGAACUGCAAGAAUGGUGGUUGGAGUGGAGAAUUGUUCCACAAACUAUUCUGGAUAGCUGCUAAUGCUUACAACCCUUAUGUUUACAACAAGGCCAUGGAGAAGAUCACUGACUUUGAUCCCAGGGCUACACAGUACUUGGAUACAUGUACUGAGCAGUGGUCCAGACAUCAGUUUGAGCCAGAAGUGUGUUGUGAUCAUAACACAACAAACUUUGUGGAAUCAUUCAAUGCUGUCACCAAGCCCUACAGGGAUUUACCAGUGUUGAGACUGUUUGAAGCUAUUAGGGAGUGGUCUAUGUAG